ACCACCACUCCUUCCAACAAAAUAUUAGUCUCACCCACCUUGUCAUCAUCCUCUCUCUCCCUCCCAAUUGUUCAUUGUUUUACGUGUCUGCGUUGAAUGUUGGGACAAGUUUUCAGUAUCUUCUCCAUCGUCUCUAUAAAUACUCACUUCAUAUCAUUCUAUUCAUGUGCUUUAUGUUCUAUCUUUCCUGUUUACAAAUUACAAAUCCUAUAUUUUUUUGCCCCUUUCCCCUCCAAAAUACUUCUUCCAUAACCACUUUUCCACCCUUUCCUGUUCUUUUGAAAUCCUUUGCGAAUAUUGGGAGAUCAUCGAAUCUCAUCAUGGCCACAACCAAGAAAAUAACAGACGCUUUUAAAUCUCACCCUGUUCACAUCCCUGUUCAUAAAAACUUGGACUUCGACUCCUUCCAAGAGCUCCCUGACUCCUAUGCAUGGAUCCAACCUGCUACCUUCCCUUCCCUUGCCGAUACUGACUCCGACUUCGACACCGUUCCCCUCAUUGACCUUUCUCUCUCCAACGUUGCCCACCAUGUUGCUAACGCAUGCAGCACCUGGGGGGCAUUUCAAGUCAUUAACCAUGGUAUCUCCACCUCCCUCCUCGACCGCCUCGAGUCUGCCGCUAACUCCCUCUUCUCCUUACCCCUCCACCACAAACUCAAGGCUGCCCGCUCCCCCGAUGGCGUCACUGGCUACGGCCUCGUCCGCAUCUCCUCCUUCUUCCCCAAACGCAUGUGGUCUGAAGGCUUCACCAUCGUCGGCUCCCCUCUCGACCACUUCCGCCAACUUUGGCCCAAUGACUACACCGAAUACUGUGAUACAAUGAGAGAAUAUGAGAGAGAGAUGAAGAGUCUAUGUGGAAGGCUGAUUUGGAUGGCAUUGGGGGAACUCGGAAUAACCCGAGAGGAUAUGAAAUGGGCUGGCCCGAAUGGAGAUUUUCAAGCGAGCCACUCGGUGACCCAGUUUAACUCAUACCCGAUAUGUCCGGAUCCAGAUCGUGCCAUGGGUCUUGGGGUCCAUACCGAUACCAGCCUCCUUACGGUGGUGUACCAGAACAACACCAGGGGGUUGCAGGUGUUACGGGAGGGGAAGCGGUGGGUGACGGUGGAGCCGGUACCUAGUGGGCUGGUGGUCCAUGUGGGAGACCUGCUCCACAUUUUGACAAAUGGGUUGUACCCGAGUGUGCUCCACCAAGCUGUGGUGAACCGAACCCGAAAAAGGCUAUCCGUGGCAUACGUAUUUGGGCCUCCGGAAAGCGCCGAAAUCUCACCGCUCAAGAAACUAUUGGGCCCAACCCAGCCCCCUCUCUACCGCCCAGUCACUUGGUCCGAAUACCUCGGAACCAAGGCGAAGCAUUUCAACGACGCUCUCUCUUCUGUUCGCCUUUGUGCUCCUCUCACUAGUCUGUUAGACAUCAACGAUCACAGCAGUGUCACUGUAGGAUAGUCUUUCCCCUCCCUUCUCCUAUCCCUUAAAAGUUAAAAAAAUAAACUAAAAAUAAACUGAGCUUCAACCUCUCCCAUCUCAAUCAAUUUGAAUCUAGUUGAACUUGUUAAGAUAUAUAUUUUGACCAAAAAGUCGUGGGUUUGAAUCUCCAAACCCCACGUAUUAUUGUAUUGAAAAGAAAAAAGAAACUUCCUCCAUUUUGGCUAACUAUAUGAAUAUAAUGUAAUAAAGCCAACUUGGGGAAGGAGGCGUUUUUUAGGGGAUUUUUUUUUUAAACAGAGAGUCAAAUCAAAGGAGGGUGGUGGGUGUAGUGAGUAUUAUCAAAUCCAGAGAGUGUGUGUGUGAUAGUUGUGAUGUUGUUUGU